AUGGCCUUUGAGGAGCUCCUGGAUAAAGUUGGUGGCCUGGGGAAAUUCCAGAUACUUCAGAUGGCUUUGAUUCUCCCUUCUCUCAUGAUAGUAGUCUGUCACUCACUGUUGGAGAACUUCACUGCAGCCGUUCCUGGUCAUCGCUGCUGGGUCCACAUCCUCGAUAAUGCCACUGUCUCUGAUAAUGACACUGGGAUCCUCAGCCCUGAUGUCCUCCUGAGAAUCUCCAUCCCACUGGAUUCCAACUUGAAACCAGAGAAGUGUCGCCGCUUCCUCCACCCCCAGUGGCAGCUCCUUCACCUGAAUGGGACUUUCCCCAACAUGACUGACCUGGACACGGAGCCCUGUGUGGAUGGCUGGGUGUAUGACCACAGCUUGUUCUCCUCCACCAUCGUGACUGAGUGGGACCUCGUAUGUGACCAACAGUCACAGAAACCGUUGAUUCAAUCCCUAGUCAUGGUUGGAACACUGGUGGGGGGCCUCAUCUACGGCCAUCUCUCAGACAGGUUUGGGCGAAAGCUGAUUCUCAGGUGGUGUUUACUCCAACUUGCCAUCUCUGGGACCUGUACAACCUUCACUCCCAACAUCUUCAUUUACUGCUUCCUACGUUUCUUGUCGGGCUGCUCCAUUGCAGUUGUAAUAGCAAACAACUGUCUUCUAAUUGUAGAGUGGACAAGAUCCCAGUCGAAAGGCAUGGUAUUAACAUUGAUAUACUGUGCCCUUAGUAUUGGACAGAUGAUCCUGGGAGGACUGGCUUUUGUCUUUCGAGAGUGGCGCACCCUGCAGUUAGUGGUGUCUGUACCUUUCUUUGUCUUCUUUCUCUCCUCAAGGUGGCUGGUGGAAUCUUCUCGAUGGCUGAUUAUCACCAAUAAACCAGAUGAGGGCUUAAAGGAACUUAAAAUAGUUGCACACAGAAAUGGAAUGAAGAACGCUGAAGAAACCCUGAACUUGGAGGGUUUGAGAGCGACCAUGCAGGAGGAGCUGGAGAUAGCACAGACCAAAACAACUAUGUUUGACUUGUUCCGCACACCCAACCUGCGAAAAAGGACCUGUCUCCUGUUCUUUGUGAGAUUUGCAGGUGCAAUAUCCUUUUUUGGCAUUAUCAUCAAUCUACAGCACUUUGGAAGCAAUAUUUUCCUGUUCCAGGUAAUCUUUGGCGUUCUCACUAUCUCAGUCCGAUGUCUUGCACUUUACCCAAUGAACAAAGUGGGCCGUCGACCAACCCAGAUGCUUUUCAUGUUCCUCGUGGGACUUUCCAUUUUGAUCAACAUAUUUGUGCCUCAAGAUAUGCAGACCCUGCGCGUGAUUUUGGCAAGUGUGGGAAUCGGCUGUGUUGCUGCCUCUCAGACCUGUUUUUCAGUCCACCAAAGUGAACUCCUCCCCACUAUUGUCAGAGCAAAAGCUUCAGGAUUAGAUUUUUUGGCUAAUAGGUUUGGGGCAGCUCUGGCUCCCCUGCUGAUGGCCCUAGUGGUAUAUCUACCCACUCUGCCCUGGAUCAUCUAUGGAGUGUGCCCCAUCAUUGCUUCUCCUGUUCUCCUUCUCCUGCCUGAAACUAAAAAUCUGCCUCUGCCUGACACCAUCCAGGAUGUGGAAAAUAACAAAAAAUUCUCAAAAAAAGCAAGUGAAAAAGAUUUCUACAUAAAAGUGACAAAGUUUUAA